AUAACAAAUCUAAUAAUUUCUUCUUUUUCCUCCACAGUAAGGUACCUUCUGUUCAAAGUAGCGUUAGAUCUGUGAAGAAAAGAUCCAUUAAAAAAAAUUCAAUCGUUUUGCCUAUGCUGUGAAAAAAUCGGAAAAAUCAAUUUUCUGGCAUGUCAGUGGCUGGAGAGGCAGUAGAGCAUGUGAAUUUUCCAGCAAUGGCAACAAAGGACCGGUCCGGAUGUUGUAACCCGGUGAAGAAGGCCGGCCCGGUUUCGUUGGACCAUGUGCUAUCAGCUUUAGGUGAGACCAAGGAAGAGAGGGAGUCGAGAAUCAGAAGCCUGUUUAGUUUUUUUGAUUCUGACAAUGCGGGGUACUUGGAUUAUGCGAAAAUUGAAAAGGGUUUGUCUGCUAUGCAAAUUCCAGCGGAGUAUAAGUUUGCUAAGGAAUUGUUGAAUGGUUGUGAUGCUAAUAAGGAUGGAAGGGUUGAUUAUCAGGAGUUUAGGAAAUACAUGGAUGAUAAGGAGAUGGAGCUGUAUAGGAUUUUUCAGGCUAUUGACGUGGAGCAUAGUGGAUGCAUCUUGCCAGAGGAACUAUGGGAUGCCCUUGUAAAUGCUGGAAUAGAAUUAGAUGAUGAUGAACUUGCACGGUUUGUGGAACACGUGGACAAGGAUAAUAAUGGAAUUAUCACUUUUGAGGAAUGGAGGGAUUUUCUUCUACUCUAUCCUCAUGAGGCCACCAUUGAGAAUAUUUACCAAUACUUGGAGAGGGUAUGUCUUGUAGAUAUUGGGGAGCAGACAGUCAUUCCGGAAGGCAUCAGUAAGCAUGUUCAUGCAUCCAAAUAUCUGAUUGCAGGGGGAGUUGCAGGAGCUGCUUCUCGUACUGCCACAGCACCUCUUGAUCGCCUUAAGGUCAUUUUACAAGUGCAAACAACUCAUGCUUCAAUUGGUCCUGCAGUCAAAAGCAUAUGGAAGGAAGGUGGUCUAUUGGGGUUUUUCCGUGGCAAUGGGUUAAAUGUGUUGAAGGUUGCACCAGAAAGUGCAAUUAAGUUUUACGCAUAUGAAACCUUGAAAAAUGCUAUUGGUCGUGCCAGGGGUGUUGAAGACCAGAGAGACAUAGGAACUUCUGGGCGUCUUGUGGCUGGUGGAAUGGCAGGUGCAAUAGCACAAACUGCUAUCUAUCCCAUGGAUCUUGUUAAAACUCGGUUACAGACUCAUUCAUGUGAGAGUGGAAGCAUUCCUAGUCUGCGAAAACUAUCAAAAGAUAUUUUUAUACAAGAGGGACCUCGGGCAUUUUAUAGAGGAUUGGUACCAUCUCUACUUGGAAUCAUCCCUUAUGCAGGCAUUGAUUUAGCAGCAUAUGAAACUUUAAAGGAUUUGUCAAAGGUUUACAUUCUUCAUGAUAGUGAAGCCGGCCCUCUCGUGCAACUGGGGUGUGGGACAAUUUCAGGAGCCCUGGGAGCGACAUGUGUUUAUCCUUUACAGGUUAUUCGGACCAGAAUGCAAGCUGAUUCUGCAUACAAAGGUAUGGCUGAUGUGUUCCGAAAAACAGUUCAGCGUGAAGGCUUCAGGGGAUUCUACAAAGGACUUUUUCCAAAUCUUUUAAAAGUUGUGCCAGCAGCAAGCAUAACCUAUCUUGUAUACGAAUCAAUGAAAAAGAGUCUAGAUCUUGAUUAGCUGACAUAGAGUCAGCAACAGAUUUAAGGUUCAAACUGCUGAUGCUGAGGCUGAUGAUGAUGAUAAUGUGACAUUAAAUAAGAUAAAUUUAGCUCAUUGGUGAUAUGAUUAUCAAAAUCAUACACCUGAUUUUUGACUCCCCAUUCGAUAUCGGCGGGGGUUAUAGUUAUAGAGUUUUCUCUUGUAGAUUCAACUGACAAAUGACUACGUUGGCAACUGAGAAUAGACCUCUUUUACAAUGUAUGUCUGAGUUAUAGGAAUAUCCAUUCUACACUUUUUGCCAAGUAAAUGUUAAAUGAAUACAGUGAGGUGCAGACCUUUUAAGGUUUUUGCUAUAUGGAUUAUAUGCAAGUGAGAUUCAACUCUUU